UUAAGAGAAGCGGGUCCCUGGGAGAGAGAGAGAGGCCUUUCCUCUUCUUCCCUCGCCUCUCUCUUGCCCAGAGGGUUUGCACACGGCCCUCAAAGGGCAGUGCGGCCCAAUGGUUACAGCCAGGGCUUUUCUAUACAUCGUUAUAUACAGGACUUCGUUUCAGGGGUUGUGUUUUAACCCCUGAAGGGACUAUGGGAUUCAGAUACUACUUGGAGUGCUGACUGGAGUUUCACACAAUCAAGUCCUCCCAAAGAAACUGAUGCCAUGUCCCUCUCCGAGUGUUACAUUGCCGUCAAGCUAGCCGACCAACCCCUGGCUCCCAAAUCCAUCCUAAGGCUGCCAGAAACAGAGCUGGGAGAGUGCCCCUUGGGAGGCUGUAGCAUCUCAUACCUAAAACAAUUAAUCACCGGGAAACUGCAAGAAUCUGUCCCUGACCCAGAGCUCAUUGACCUGAUCUACUGUGGCCGUAAGCUCCGAGACGACCAAACACUGGAAUUCUAUGGCAUCCAGUCUGGCUCCACAGUCCAUGUCCUUCGAAAGUCCUGGCCUGAACCAGAACAGAAACCAGAACCAGUAGAUAAAGUUGCUGCUGUCCGAGAGUUUCGUGUUCUACACACUGCUUUGCAUAGCAGCCCAGUCUUCAGAGAUUCGGUCUUCAAGAUGCUGGGGAAUAAAGAAUCCUUGGAUCAGAUAGUAGUUGCUACACCGGGCCUUAGCAAUGACCCAAUUGCUUUGGGAGUCUUGCAGGAUAAGGACCUCUUCUCUGUCUUUGCUGAUCCGACCAUGUUGGACACGUUAAUCCCAACCCAUCCUGCUUUGGUGAAUGCCAUUGUCCUAGUUCUCCACUCUGUGGCUGGUAGCACACCCUUGCCCACUGGAGAGACCUCCUCACGUAGCAUGCCUUCUAGCUCCUACCGGGACAUGCCAGGUGGUUUCCUGUUUGAAGGUCUUUCUGAUGAUGAAGAUGAUUUCCAUCAGAGUACAAGGACUACCCCAUCCAGCAGUACCUCUGGGUCCCGCCCAGCAUCCCUUGGCUAUACGGGAGCAGCGGGGCCACGCCCCAUCACACAGAGUGAAUUGGCGACAGCCCUGGCCCUUGCCAGCACCCCCGAAAGUAGCUCCCACACUCCAACCCCUGGGACGCAGGGACAUUCUUCAGGCACGUCUCCAAUGUCCUCCAGUGUCCAGUCAGGAACGCCCAUCACCAAUGACCUCUUCAGCCAGGCUUUACAGCAUGCCCUUCAGGCAUCUGGGCAGCCAAAUCUACAGAGCCAGUGGCAGCCCCAGCUGCAGCAGCUACGAGACAUGGGCAUUCAUGAUGACGAACUGAGCCUCCGAGCAUUACAAGCCACUGGAGGGGAUAUUCAGGCUGCCCUGGAACUCAUCUUUGCUGGAGGAGCGCCUUAAUUUUACUUUCUCUUCCCUCUCUGCCCAAGAGGACUUAGACCCUGAUAGAUCCUUCUGCAUGUCUGAUCCCUCCGCAAUGGAAGCAGUCUUUGGAUGCCCCUUGGUGGUACUGUGCUCUGUCUUCCUUGUGUUGAGCUGCCUGGAAUCCUAGUCACACUUACUUUUUGUCAUCCGAGUGGAACAGAUGGGGACAGAACAGAGAAGAGUGAUAGGACAGGAGCAUUCAAUGUUGGAAUGACAUUUUAUUUAAAAAAACAACAUCUCUGUCAGGGUGGACCGGAAAGACUGCCUGCUGGAUGAUGUACCCAGUACUUGUUCCUUUGUUGUCUUACAGAACUUGCAUGCUUCCCUCCCCAUAUUGCUCAGUUUGUGGCUCUCUGAGGCUCUGUCGAGUUUGUUUGGUUCACAGACUCUUCAUUAAAGCUUUCCUGUCCCUUCUGUUCUGUGUUUUUGCUCAGAUUUUGCUCAAGGUGUGUAGCUUGGCUUUGUGAUCCUUGGAUGACAAGGAAACAGCCAUCAAGUGUCCUGAAACACAGAUGGUGCAUUUGAACUUCUGCAAACCAUGGGGGUUUGCCAAGGCUUUUUCCACUUUCCUCUUAGGCUUGAAUUAUGCUUUUUUAUUUGCUACACAAGAAUGCAUACGCAGCGUGACAAAGGCACAAACUCAGACUGCUGUAAGAUGUUCUGGGGACAGCAGGGGGCACUUCUGCAUAGCACACAAAAUAGCAUGUAAAUACUGCAGCUAGUUAACAAGAAAAAACGGACAUGAGUUGCACUUCUUUGGCAUGUACAGGGGAAAGUUCAACUCUUCAAGGAUUAUGAAUGGAAGCUGUUAGUAGAUUUAUUUCAUUAUGUAAUUUAAUUAAUUAAUUAAUUAUUGGAAGUAAGAAUGAAGAUAAUGAUGUGCAGAAGCCAUCUCCAAAUGAAAGGUGAUGUUGUGGGAUUCAGAGAGCAUCACCCUCCCACUGUUCAGUUAUUGGUAGCUUUUGCUCGUCGUUCUUAAAAGCAGCUUUCCAAACCAUUAAAUAAAUUGCCAAGCACAGUGGUUGUGCAACAUGCUAAUAACUUUCCACUAAUCUUAACAAAAAUUGCACUAGUCUCUGGAAUUAGUUGGAAUAAUUUUGUGUGUGUAUGUGCCUUCAAGUUGCCUCUUGACUCAUGGUGACCCCACAGUUUUCAUAGGGCUUUCUUAGGCAAGGAAUGCUCAGAAGCGGUUUUGCUAGUUCCUUUCUCUGAAAUCCAGUCUACAGCACCUGGGAUUCAUUGACAGUCUCCCAUUCAAGGAGUAACCAUGGCUGGCCCUGCUUAGCUUCCAACAUCAGAUAGGAUCUGGGACCUUUAGAGUUUUUAUAUUCACUUCCUUGAAAUUCUGUAGUGUCUAGGAAAUGCAAUUUGCCCUUUAAAUAGUUUACAGACUUCCCCAUGCUACUUAUUGUGAGGAAAUAUUGAAAAUGAGAAGUGUCUGCCCACUUCCAUUUUUCAAGUGCGUUUGGCAGUCUGGGCUAUAGAGCAAAAAACAGGUCACCAGACCUUUCUCUGCCUAGCAGUGACCAUUUAGGGGCUUUUGAACAGGAAUCUUUCUCAGCUCUCCUGGAGAUGCUGGUGUACAUCUUUCCAGGUUCUGUGGGACCAGUUAUAAAUAAAUACUGUAACCACAAUCACAGUUUAAGCUUAUUCUUUUAAAACAACACAACUUUAUAUACUACACUAAACACCUAUCCAGUAUCGCAAGGUUCCAGGCAUCCAAUGAGAUGCUGGCGCAGGAGUUGAUUGUAAGACCAUUCAAUAUAUCCUUGCGAUUGUAAUCUAUGAUGAAAAGCAUAAAAGUCUUAAAACCAACAAAAUAGGUGCAAAUACAGAACAGCAAUUGCAGUAUAAGAAUUUACUCUUUUAGCCUUUCCAAAAUUCGUAACCGCAACGUCUACAAUUUGAACCUGGAGUUCCCAAAUCCAAAAUAUUCCAAGACCUAAACCUUUUUCCAUGGGUGGCUGAGAUUGUGGCACUUUUGGCUCAAUGUACACAAAACUAUUAAAAUAUUGUAUAAACAUGCCUCCAAGGUAUGUGUCUACGGUGUAUAGGAAACACAUAAAUUAUGUGUUUAGACUUGGGAUAUGAAAUGUAAAUACAUUUUGUGUUUAAACUUGGGUCCCAUCUCCACAAAUAUGAAAAUACAGGUAUUCUAAAAUCCAAAAAAAUCUGAACCCCAAACACCUCUGGUCCCAAGCAUCUCAAAUAAGGAAGAUUCAACUUGUACCUUAUUCAAGGUGGACAAGGCCUAAUGUAAAGAGCAUUUUAAUAUAUAUCUUUUUAAAAAAUGCUUUGACUUUUUACCAUUUUCAUUGCUUUUUAUUUCUUCAUUGUCUUGAGAGCCCUUGUGGGCUGGGAAAUGUUAUGGUAAUAUCUUAAUUUAAAUAAAUCAUCCUUAA